GUGAAGGACAGUCACCAUUCCCAAUGCCACAGCUUGGGAGCCCGCACCACCGGAGCCACCGGCACUGCCAGGGUCCUCUCUGCCCAACGCUGACCUCAGAGACCGGCACCUCGCUCCCGCCAUCGCCACGUGCUCCUGCCCUGCCUCUGCCCCCCAGGAUCCCCACCAGUGCCCGGGGUGCUGCCAUGCUCCUGUGCCCGUGGCUCAUCCUCCUGGCCAGCUUCAUCCCACCAGCCCUCGGCUCGUGGGGUGUUACCUACCCCAAAUCCCUGCGGGGCAUCAGCGGCUCCUGCGUGGUGAUUCCCUGCUCCCUGAGCUUCCCGGACAAGGUGGUGGCUGAUGAUGGCGUGGUGGCCAUUUGGUACAAGGACUACAACGACCAGAAGACACUCGUGUUCCACUCGGCAGCCCAGGAGGUGGAUGCUCUCUUUAGGGGCCGUGCCCAGCUCCUGGGGGACCCGUCAGCUCGGAACUGCACCCUGCAGCUGCAGAGGGUGACGGUGGGGGACAGCGGGCCCUAUAGGUUCCGCUUUGAGAUCGUCAAUGGAGACCGGUGGUCGGCGGCGCAGGAUGUGGUGCUGAGAGUGUCGGAUGACCUUGAGAUCCCCAGCAUUGCCACCAGCGAGGAGCAAACCGAGGGGCAAACGUCCACCUUGGAGUGCUCCACACCCUACGUGUGCCCACCGGGGGACAUCACCCUGAGCUGGCAGGGCCACGACCCACAGGUCUCGGUGGUGUCCGGCCGGGUGCAGAUGGACACAAGUGGGGUCGGGCACUACCUGACCCUCACCACAUCCUUCUCCUGGAGGGACCACUCCAAAAAGCUGCUCUGUGAACUCUCCUAUGGCUCCAGGAAGGCGACCAGGGAGGUUGUCCUGCGGGUGAGACAUGCCCCUAAGGACACCCAAGUGUCAGUGAACCCCUCGGGACAGAACAUCCGUGUUGGUGACACCGUGUCCUUCACCUGCGAGGUGAGCAGCAGCCACCCCCCGGUCUCGGUGUAUCGCUGGUACAAGGACGGGGUGGCCAUGGGCACCGAGCAGAUCCUGACCCUCCGGGACAUCCGCCGUGAGGACUAUGGGCAGUACCACUGCGAGGCUGAGAACGCCCUCGGGGCUGGUGUGGCGCCUGCUGUGAUGCUCUAUGUCUUCUCUGCAGCCAUCUCAGUGAGCCCCGCGGCCGAGGUGCAGGAGGGGACGGCCACCACCCUGUCCUGCGAUGUGCCUGGCCGGGAGGGCCAGGACCUCAACUACACGUGGUACAAGAACGGCGCCUGGCUCAAGGAGGGCUCCGCUCACACCCUGCUCUUCCACCACGUCACCGCCAGCGACACCGGCUACUACUCCUGCAAGGUGACCAACGACCGGGGCAGCGACACGUCCCCGGCCACCAGCUUGAGCGUGACGUACCCCCCCCGGGCCCCCACCAUCACGUUCUUCCAGGAGGCCCAUGGAGGCCGGUUGGCCAUCAUCCGCUGCGCCGUGGACAGCCACCCUCCGGCCGCCAUGGCCAUGUACCGCGAUGGCACCUUGGUGGCAGCCAGUGGGUCACAAGCAGCCCCACAGCAGCAGUUCGGUGUCACCAGCUCCCGCAACACCCUGAGGCUGGAGAUCCGUGGAGCAGGGCCCCGGGAUAGCGGGGAAUACCGCUGCACCACCAGCAAUGGCCAUGGCAAUGCCAGUGCCACCAAGGUCUUCAUCGCCCAUGCCACAGAGGUCCUGAUCCAGCCCUCAGCGGAGGUGCGGGAAGGGGCAGCGGUCACCCUGACGUGUGUGGGGCCGUGGGGUGCAGCAGAGGACACGCUCUACGCCUGGUUCCGGAACGGCAAACGGCUGCGGGAGAGCUCAGCCCCGGCGCUGCGGUUCCGCUCCGUCCGCGCCGAGGACGCCGGCGCCUUCCAGUGCAGGCUCCGGAGCCGCAACGGCAGCGACACGUCCGCGGCCGCCCCGCUCCGUGUGCUCUUCCCACCAAGGCAACCAGUAAUGAGCUCCUUGCUGGAGACCCAGGGCGGGCGCAUGGGCAUCAUCCAGUGCACCACUGAGAGUGACCCGGAGGCCAACCUGACCCUAUGGAGAGGAGAAGAAGUGAUAGCCUGCACAGGGGGCUGCCCUGUAGCCCCCAGCCCCAGGGUCCACACCACCUCGUCCUACAACAGCCUGAAGGUGGAGAUCCAGGAUGUGGUGCUGGAGGACGAGGGGACCUACAUGUGCUGGGCUGGGAACACGGAGGGCAACACCACUGCGACCAUGGACUUCAGAGCUGAGACUGCCAGCAUCGUGGUGGCUCCAUCCACAUCCGUGCUGGAGGGCGACACUGCCAACCUGACGUGCCAGCUCAGCAGCAGCUCCACGGCUCUGCCCACCUUCAGCUGGUACCACAACAGGCAGCAGCUCACCGAGGCCUCAGCUUCAUCCCUGGUGCUGCAGCAUGUGGCCAGCGAGGAUGCGGGACUCUACCAUUGCACAGCCACCACCAACAGCAGCAGCCGCAGCUCCCCCGCCGUGACCCUGGAGGUGCUGUACCCGCCGCGGGCCCUGCUCCUGACGGCGUUCGUGGAGGCGCAGCGCGGCCGCGUGGCCGUGUUCCGGUGCUCGGUGCGGAGCAGCCCCGCGGCCCGGCUGGCGCUGCACCGCGGCGGGGCCCUGCUGGCCUCCAGCGACGGCGGGAGCACCCCCCGGCUCCGCGUCUCGGCCGCCCCCAACGCGCUGGAGGUGGAGAUGCGGGAGGUGACGGCGGCGGACGAGGGCAGCUACCGCUGCACCGCCACCAACGCGCACGGCACCGCGGAGCAGCACCUCUACCUCCGUGUGCAGGCUGCCCAAGUCCUCAUGUCACCAUCCACGGAUGUGCUGGAAGGAGAUGACGUCUCCCUGACGUGUCAGAUGGCCGCAGAGCUGCAGGGUGACACUGUCUACUCCUGGUACAAGAACAGCGAGUGGCUCCAGGAGACCCCUGACAAUGUCCUCACACUGCCCCAUGUCACCAGCGCUGCUGCUGGCUCCUACCACUGCCGAGCCCGCAGCCCCACGGGGACAAGCGUGUCCCCGGCCAUUGCCCUGCACGUGUCCUAUCCCCCACGGGUGCCAGUGCUGACGCUGCUCCUGGAGCUCCCCGCGGCACAGCGGGCAGUGCUGCAGUGCUCGGUGGUCAGCAACCCGCGGGCAGAGCUGGCUCUCUUCAAGGACCAGGCGCUGGUGGCCUCCACAGCGCUGCCCCAGCCCAGCGCCCGGCCACGGCUCAGCGUCACCUCGGCCUUCAACAUGCUGCGGGUCAGCAUCCGCCCAGUGCUGCUGGAGGACGAGGGGCAGUAUGUGUGCUCUGCUAGCAAUGCCUAUGGCAAUGCCAGUGCCGCAGCCAACCUCACCGCAGGCACCACCAGGGUCUGGAUCUCCCCAUCUCCGGAUGUCCGGGAAGGCGAAGCUGUCAACCUGAACUGUGUGGUGGGGAGCGGUGGUGUGGAUGUGCUGAGCUAUAGCUGGUACAAGAACAAGGUCUGGGUCAGCAGCGGCUCGUCCCCGGUUCUCUCCUUCCCCAAUGUCACUGUCACCGAUACUGCCUCGUACCACUGCAGCGUGAGGACCCCGGCACGGACCAGCAGCUCUGCACCCACCACCCUCAACGUCCUCUACCCCCCCCGGAACCUGCAGAUGAAGGCCUUUGUGGAGAGCAAUGAGGGGACAGCAGUCAUCCUCCUCUGCACCGUGGAGAGCAACCCCCUGUCUGAGAUCACCCUGCUCAAGGAGGGGCUGGUGGUGGCCUCCAGCCCUGCCACUGGGGGUGACCUGCCCUGGCAGAGCAGCAGCGUCUCCCCCUCUCCCAACACACUGAGGCUGGAGCUCCAGGAAGCAUCCGAGGAGGAUGAGGGCGAGUACGAGUGUCGGGCACACAGCCCCCUUGGCAGCAUCCAUGGGUCCCUGCCCCUCCGUGUGCAGGCCACCAGGGUGCUGAUACAUCCCUCGGCCGAGGUGCUGGAGGGGACGGACGUGACUCUGACCUGCCGGGACGCGGGUGCUGGCCCGGGGACCGUGUACUCGUGGUACAAGGACGGUCGGUGGGUGCCGGGGGGCCCCGGUGCGCGGCUCCCGCUGCCAGCUGCCCGCCGCUCGGAUGCGGGCGCCUACGGCUGCGAGGCGGGGACGGGGCUGCGGGGCCGCAGGGCCCCCCCCGCCGCCCUCAGGGUGCUCUAUGCCCCGCAAGAGCCGUCCUUCAUCUCCUUGGUGGACCCCCGGGGGGGGGCAGCACACCGUCCUGCUCUGCACUGUCGACAGCGUCCCCCCCUCCGACAUCACACUGCACCAUGGUGAGGCUACGCACCCCUGGCCUCCACAAGGGGCCCAUCUGACCCCCGUGUCACUGUCCAGGCGACCCCCAACUCCCUGCGGGUGGGGAUGGGGGCGCUGGAGCCGGGGGAUGAGGGGGUCUACGUCUGCUCAGCCAACAACAGCUUCGGCACCGCAUCCUCGACCCUGCGCCUUGAUGUGGCAGGGGUCAGGGUCACUGUUGAGCCCUCUCCAGAAGUGCCCGAAGGCUCCACCGCCACCAUGACCUGCUCGGCCACCCCCUGGGUGGGGGAAGACGCCAACUACACGUGGUACAGGAACAACCGGUGGCUGCUGGAGGGACCGUCCAGCUCCCUCGUCCUCCCCCAUGUCACCAGCGCCGACACCGGCUCCUACUGCUGCCGGGCGAGCGGGACACGGGGCAGCAUCACCUCGGCCCUGCUCAGCCUCAGUGUUCUCUACCCGCCCCGGGACGUCUCCAUCAGCACGUUGCUGGAGAACCGCCGCGGGCGGGUGGGCAUGGUGCAGUGCACGGCCGAGAGCCACCCGCCUGCCACCCUGGCGCUGUACCGCGGGGGGCGGCUCCUGGCCUCCAGCGGGGCCGCGGCCACCGCGCCGGGGCUCCGGGCCCUCCCCUCGCACAACGCCCUCCGCCUGCAGCUCAGCGAUGUGGGGCUGGAGGCAUCGGGGGAGUACGUCUGUGUGGCCACCAAUGCCCUGGGCAAUGCCACGGCCACAGCACACUUCGAUGUGCACACUCUCACCUACCUCCUGGCCUUCACUGUCCUCUCUGGGCUGCUCCUGGCUCUGAUCUGUGUGGCUGCCCUGGCUCUUCUGGCUGUGAAGAUGGGGCCCAGGAUAAGGAAGUUCUGUGGCUGGUCCGGUGCUGAGGACACCUUCGAGCUGAGGAGCCAACAGGAUCAGAGGUGGAUGGAGCUUCAUAAACCGGUGGCUCUUUAGCCCAGGAGCAAGUGUAGCCGCUGGUGCUGGAAAUAACCCAACCCCAUCUCCAUCCCCUCUCCCCUCACCCCGACCCCUCAUCCCUCUGCCAUGGACGUUGUUCUCACACCAGGCACAGGUCGUGCUGUGAUGGCUCCGAGCCGCUCUCCAGCAGCAGGAACCCAGGGAAAAGUAACCUCCCAGUGGUGGUUCAAGCCUGGGGGAUCCUCUCCAUCCCCAGCACCCUCCUGUGCCCUGCCCAGAGCCACCACCCCGGGGUGCUGCUGCCCCCAUGUGAUAUUCCUUUGUCUGGAAAUAAAACCCGGAGCAAAGCUCA